UAAAGAAGAUGCAAGGAGAAUUAAAACCAUUAAAAGAACAAGUGUUUCCGAUAUCUAAUUGUUUAAUUUGUUAUAUGUGCAAAAAGAAAAUGAAAAUGAAGCGUAGCAGAUCUUUGUCUCCUAAAGCUUCAAAUAGUGAAGAAGAUAUGAAACGCAUAAGGCUUGAAGAAAAUGAAGAGGCAAAUGAUAUAAUAACACAUCCAAACAUAUUAGAUUUUUCUGAUGAUGUUUUGCUGAACAUAUUCAAAUAUUUGAAUCCAAGUGAUCUCAUGGCAAUAAGUUUAUCUUGUCAGCGAUUAGCUCAAAUAGUACAAGAUGCUAUACGUGGUGAUUUGUAUUGUGAAAAUGAUACAGAACUCAGUCCUUGCUUUUUCAAUUCUAUUAAAACUACAUGCACUCAACUUAAAGAGUUAAUUAUUGAAGAAUAUUGUAUUAAUGGAAAUAAGAUUCAAAUAACAGACUUCCCACGUACCAUUGAAAAACUUUCGUUAGAAGGCUGCAAAAUGGGAUAUUUGCGUAGUAAUAAGUCAUAUUUUUUCAAAAUGAAUUUCCAUAUGCCUAAUCUAACAUGUUUAAUUUUAAGUAAUUGCCAAUGGUUUACUCCUCAUUCAUUAUUGGUUAUGAGUAAAUUGCCAAAACUGAAAGAACUAAGGCUAAAUUCCUGUCACCGUUUAGGUGAAUGUGUUGCUUACACCAGUUUAGCUACAAGAUUUGGAUUCAAAACAUUAGAAAUCCUUGAUUUACGAGAUACAGCGCUUGGUGAUAGUGAAGUUGGAUGUUUUAGUUGUACUAAAACUUUGACACAUCUUUAUUUGGAAUGCCCGUCUAGUUUACGUAAUACGGAUUCUGGUGAUCAGGAACCACGACCCUUACAACGAGAAAUUUUGAAUCAACCUCCAGUGUAUGAAGAUGUAAAUCUUGCACAGUUUUUGGUCGAGGAUGGAUUUCGUUGGGAAAAUUAUAUGUUUGGGCGUUGUUUAAUAACAGAUAGAGCAAUUUGUGCUCUAGGAAGUGACACAUGUGAUCGUAGGAUAAUCAAUAAUUCAGCGGAAGGAGUUAUAGUUGUGGAAGAAGACAAACGAAUAUUUAAUAAUCCGCAUUUAAAAACAUUGGUUGUUAGAAAUUAUCCACAUGUUACAAACUUAAGUCUCGUACAUUUGGCUUCAAAUGCAUCAAGUCUUGAAUAUCUGGAUGUAAGUGGCACUUCCGUUACAAGGCAAGGAGUUGAAACUUUCAAGUCACAAAGAUCAAAUGUUAAAAUAGUUACCUCUUUCGAUGAAACAUAGUUAUA